AGCCGAGGCGGCCGCCUCCCCGCAGACGCGAAGAGCCCCGAGCCCCGAGCCCUCCCUUGAAUCCACGCCGCGGGAACACACCAAGGCUAAGGUGAUGUAGAGGAGAUCGGUAGCCGCCAGCGAAUUGGACGACGUCCCGACUCUUUGCGGCACGGUUGCGACACACUGCGGCACCGAGACGGGUGGCAAGCGGAUCAGGAUGGUGUCUGUACAGGACGCGGAGACCAGCACGCUGCGCAGGCUCUCGGACGACGACGAUGACGAGCCCAGCAGUGGGUCCGAGACCUAUGAGGAAGGGGACCUCCUCGCGGCUGCGAUGGAUGACGAUGUGACAGCUCAACUCGCUGCAGCAGGACCGGUAGGGGUUGCUGCAGCUGCUGCCAUUGUAUCAGCCAAGAAACGAAAACGACCUCACAGUUUCGAAACCAAUCCCAGUAUCAGAAAGAGACAACAAAACAGGCUUUUAAGAAAGCUUAGACAAACUAUUGAUGAAUUUGCUACGCGAGUAGGACAGCAGGCAGUGGUAUUAGUGGCUACGCCAGGCAAACCAAAUAGUAGUUACAAAGUCUUUGGAGCGAAACCAUUAGAAGAUGUAGUUAAAAAUCUAAGAAACGUUAUCAUGGAAGAGUUGGAAAAUGCACUUGCGCAACAAGCACCGCCGCCCGUGCAAGACGAUCCGUCAUUAUUUGAAUUACCACCGCUUAUAAUCGACGGUAUACCGACCCCAGUGGAGAAGAUGACACAGGCGCAACUCAGGGCGUUUAUACCGUUGAUGUUAAAGUAUUCUACAGGUAGAGGCAAACCUGGUUGGGGUAGAGAUAGCACGCGGCCUCCUUGGUGGCCAAAGGAAUUGCCUUGGGCUAACGUCCGGAUGGAUGCUCGGUCGGAGGACGAAAAACAAAAAUGCGAUCCAUUACAGAUCUCCUGGACGCAUGCGUUACGGCAAAUUGUAAUAAAUUGCUAUAAGUAUCACGGAAGAGAAGAUCUUCUACCAGCGUUUAAUGAAGACGACGACAAGUCCAAUGUUCUGAUACAACAAGCGACGCCUCAUUCCUCGUCGCAUCCAUCAUCGAGUCAGGGGCAAAAUGCAGGAGGACAAUCGCAGCAGCAGCAGACGGUGGGAGUCGUUCGUCUCAACAGCACGGAUUCAUCUAAGGGAAACUCUUCGCCAGCACAAAUCAUUGCCGCGUCUCCCACAGCUCUUGCCACUGCCACUCAGAUGACAGCCCAGUAUCCAACAACUGUAUUGCAGACAAUAACCAAUCCAGAUGGGACAGUUUCUAUAAUACAGGUGGAUCCUAGUACACCGAUUAUAACAUUACCAGAUGGUACAACAGCGCAAGUUCAAGGAGUCGCUACUAUCCACACCAGUCAAGGAGAUGUGCAAGCAUUAGCGGAAGUAGCUGGUAGCACAGAAGGUAGCGUGGCCGUCGAUUUGAACACCGUCACCGAAGCGACGUUAGGUCAAGACGGCCAGAUCAUCCUUACCGGAGAAGACGGACACGGAUAUCCUGUCUCAGUCUCAGGAGUGAUCACAGUGCCAGUGUCUGCCAGUAUGUAUCAAACUAUGGUGGCCAAUAUACAGAGCGACGGUACGAUGCAAGUGGUGACGCCGAUGGUUCAGGUGCCCAAGGUGGAGUCAGGAAACGGGGACACCACUAUCGAGGCUGUCACUAUACAGGGCCACCCUAUGACUAUGAUAAAUGCCGCUGGGGAACAUCAGGUUCUUCAAGUAAUAUCGUUAAAAGACGCCAACGUUCUGACAAAGGCCAUGCAGGCCGAUGUCAAGGACGAGGACAGUCAACAACAACAAACUGUAUCUAGCCCAGAAUAAACACGUUAAGUGUAAUCUAGUUAAUCCAAAAAAAAAGGGAAAUCACUUCCGUACCACCUGUACACGCUGUCAGUGUAUCGCGGUGAUACGCGGAAGAGAUAAGCGUGUAAAAGAAUUAGUAACGAUUGGUGUUGUGUUUUCUUUUUCUCUUUGAGUCACUGUACUGUGUAGUAUGUCUCGCUGAAUGCGUCGUUAAACGACAAUUAUCUGAGAAGUGAGAAUGAAUGAGUGUGAAAUUGAUUGAAUUAGAAUUAGUCGUAUUUGUACUCAAGAUUCAUCAUAGACGCUUGAGGGUAUUCACUUACAAUCCAAUUUCUCGGAUGUAGUAUUAAUUUUCAAAGAGGUCUAUUGUCGUGUCAGACGAACGCGUCUGUUUUCGAAGAUAAUUUACGAUAAUUAUCAAUCGCGCAUUGUUUACUGGAAUCGAAGAUCAUUGAUCUUUGUAUUACGAGGUAAGGCUUAUAUUUUCUAGUCUUAGAGCCAGAUCGAUGCGUGGGAAUAUACACACCAAAGAUCCUUAUUUUUUUAUUAAUUUAUUAAUAUUUUCUGUAAAAAAAUUUAUAUGGACAUGUUUGUAUUUAAUUUCGUUAAUUAUUCAAAGUAUGAAGCUCGAUUAGUUCCGUAAUAGUAGCAAAAAUAACUCGUUCAGUUUCGUUAACAGCACAAUUUUUUUCCAAAAUUCAAUAAAGACACAAAGCUUCCCCGCAGGUGUCUAAAAAUGAAAAAUGAGAAAAGCUACAAUUUUUAAAUAAUAUUCCUCAAAAAAUUGGUUGUAUAAAGGAAUUUAUUUUUGUGAUUAAAAAGAACACAAGGCUCAGACAUAGAGUCGAAUAAAUCAUUCGAUCAAUCUGUUUGGACGUUUGAGCUCGAUCUCGAUCGAAUUGUACUAGUAAAAAGAUUAUCAAGAUAACAUUUUUAUCACAAAGUUAUGUAACUAUAUACAUAAAACAAUACAGACAAUGGGCGUUUCUCAUUUAUCUUGACCAUUUGGAACUUCUUCUAAAUAGUCAAGAUAUGCAAAACAGUAUAUAUAAUAUAUAAAUAUAUAUAUAAAGUAUCGCGAUAGUAGAAAUAAUGACAAAAAAAAAGAGUUAAGCAUUUCUGACGGGUACAAAUAGGAUAUAAGAUGUAUGUUUUUUCAAUAAUACAGAAUAUAUGAAUUUGCAAUUUCAAUACGCACCAACGAGAGGCGUGUGUCCAUAGUUUUAUUUUACGCGAAUUAUAUUGCACCACUUGUGUAUUUGCUUCGAUUAGCGUAAUCAGUAACGGACCGUCAUUUGAUUUUCACCAACGAGGUAAAGGAGAAAAGCUUAGAGUAUCGUAUUUGUACGAAAGAUUAUUUUAAUGUUCUUGAUCUCGAUUAUUGCGGAAUCGCAAUUGUGUGUACUAAUUUUCUAAAGAGGAUGCGAUAAAUUGUAAAAAUCAGGAUUCACAUAUAUCUAUUAUCCUUCAUUCCACUUGAAGGUAAUCAAAACUAAUCGAUUCUAUUUUAAAUUAAAUAGUCAAAUUGUGUCAUGGUAUAUUUAAAAUCAUCGCCCCCCCCCCCCAUUUUUAUAUAAUGUAUCUAAAGCGACGAAAAGCGUAUUUUUUGCGUGCAAUCUUGUUUCAAUGUUACGGUAUGUACGUAAUGUUUACGGUAGCAAAAAGCUAGGAUUAUUUUCAUCUCGAGUAAAUUUUACUUUUUCAACUUUGCACUUCUCUCGACUUUUCUUUGGGCAUAAUUCCACGUUAAAUAUCACAUUAGACAAGUGCGUCAUAAUGCUAUUCUUUAGUUGUAGCUUGGCAUUUACGUCCAAUUGUAAAUUGGACAAUGCGACACUUGUCUCCGAAGAUCGUAACAUUGAAACAACAAACUGCCCUCGAAACCAUGUGUAAUAAUACCAAAGAGAUUUUUAUAACAUUAUAGGGGAAAGUAGUUGAAGUUAGUGGUAAAUAUAUUAUUAAAAACUUAUCAUAAUAACUAGAUACUAAUUGUUGCGUUUCUUUUUUUUUUUUCAUAUCAGGGCCACUACUUUAAUGAUGUAAUAUAUCAGUACUCACGUGUAAGAUAAACAUGUUAUAUUUUCCUUCUGUUGUUUGUAACAAAGCACAUACCGAGCAUAAAUUAAGUUUGAUGUCAUUUGAAAAGCAAGAAAAAAAAUGUGUAUUACGACUUUAGAUAAUUAUAGACAUAUGUGUAUAUGACUUUGCUGAUGUGUAUCCCAGUCUCCAUGUCAUAUAGUCUGUAAAUACGU